AUGCAUUUAAAAUCAACUUAUCCCGAUCAAAUAUCACCAUCACAUCAAACACAAUCAUCAUUGACAACAACCAUGGCAACAAUCACACACAACCUUCAUCCAAUCAUUAGAUCUCCAUUCAACUAUACACAAUCAACAAUGGUUUUGUUCACAAUUGUGUCAGAAUUGAACACAUUGAAUUUCACUAGCGGUAAUAUGAUGAACAAUAAUAAUACUUCGACAACUAGUUCCUUAUUACCGUCAUCGUCAUCCACAUCGUCAUCGUUACCAAUGUCAUCAACCGGGAUCCAGUCGGAACCAAUGAAUCAUAAUACCCUGUUGACCAAUCAUCGUUCAUUGCUUACUGGUAACAAUAAAUACUAA